AUGAGUUACUACAACAGCUACUACGGAGGCCUGGGCUAUGGCUCUGGAGGCUUUGGGGACCUGGGCUAUGGCUAUGGCUGUGGCUGUGGCAGUUUCCGCAGACUGGGCUACGGCUGUGGCUUUGGUGGCUAUGGCUAUGGCUCUGGCUCUGGCUCUGGCUCUGGCUCUGGCUCUGGAGGCUUUGGAUAUGGAUCUGGCUAUGGAGGCUUUGGAUAUGGCUCUGGCUAUGGAGGCUUCGGCUAUGGCUACAGGCGCCCACUUUCCUAUGGGGGAUAUGGAUUCUCCACCUUCUACUGA